CCUUUUAUUCAAUAUAAUAGUUGAUAGUCAAGAACAUUCGGUCAUGCAAAAUUUUAUUUAAAUAAGAUUUUUAUUGUUUCAUUUAGUUGUUUUAACUCGUAUAAUAUUCUGGAUAAUUAGUGAUAAAAUUCUUAGUAACAGUUCGACGGAGUUUUUGAAAAUAAACGGCUGAAUCGAUUGUUUUAACUAUCGAACUAUUCGAUAGUAUUCACUUAGUAGUAUACAUCACUAAUAGAAGUGUACUCUUAAUUAUUUGAGCUGUUGUAAUCAUGUUAAAAUUGCACUUUAACUUAGUUUACAUAAUUUACUCAACUACCUACGAUCAUGGAUAGUUUAUAAGAUGAAGAAGUGUAUUAAUAAUUUGGAAAAAAAAUCACAGUUCAUUUAAAUUAAGAUGUCUGUAGAUAAAAAUUCAAGUAGCUUUAAAAACAUAUUUUUUAGGAUUUUCCAAUACCCUUUAGUCAAUUCUAUUACAGCAAGUUCAGCCUCAGGAUUUUUUUCUACAUUAAUAUUUCAACCAUUUGAUGUUGUAAAAACAGUUUUGCAAACCCCAAAGAAUAACAAUAAUCUUACUAUAGUUGGUGCUAUUAAGUUAGUGUGGAAACAAGAAUCAUAUCACGGUUUUUGGAGAGGACUUGCUCCAUCAUUAGCUCGUAAUAUACCAGGAAUUGGAAUACAUAUUUCUCUUACUCAGUUCAUACAUUCAUAUUUAAUCAAUAACAAUGAAUCGUCUAUGAUCAAAUCUGGUUUAGCUGGUUUCAGUUCAAGAUGUAUUGCUGUUUCAGCACUUAUGCCUUUUACAGUUUUAAAAACACGAUUAGAAAGUGGUUAUUAUCAUUAUAGUAGUUUAAAAAGUGGAUUAAUCAAUAUGUACAAAUUAGAAGGAUGGAAUGUGAUGGGCCGUGGUUGGACUGCAACAUUGUUACGAGAUGCUCCUUUUUCAGGCUUAUAUUUUAUGUUGUAUAUGAAACUAAAAGACUGUCAACUAUUUGAAGAGUCAACCCGAAAACAAUCUUUUUAUAUUUUUAAUUGUGGACUAUUCUCUGGGAUAUUUGCAUCAUUUAUUACUCAUCCUUUUGAUGUAAUUAAAUCUAGUCAGCAAUUAUCUAAGGAUAGACAAUCAUUUAUCAAAUCAAUAGUUUUAAUACAAGAAAAUUAUGGAAUUAAUGGAUAUUUUCGUGGACUAUCUGUUAGAUUAAUCCGGCGAUCAUUAAUGACAGCAAUAUCUUGGACAACUUAUGAAAUGUUAUACACUUAUUUAAAAAAUAAUUGAAAAUCAAAUUGUUAUUAUUAAAUAUUUGUCACAUAUAAAAAUUUAUUUAUUUAUUGUCAGAAAAUAUUCUUUUUACUUUAAGAAAGAAAAAUGUAAGAAUUAAUAAUUAAAUAUAAAAACAAUUGAAAAAUUGAA